AUGGAAAGUGAAAGAAAGAAAGAUAAGAAAAGAAGGAAUGAAGUUUUACAUGAUUCGAGUGCAGGCACAGGCACUAGAAACCUCGUAAUGGUACUUCAAAUAACAAGUUAUAUUCAAUCUGGUCGGUUACAUACUGUACGCUGUUCUCCAGAAGAAAGAAACUCACACGCUCUUCUGGUCAUUUGGCCUGGUAGUGGCCAGCUCAGUCUUCUGUCUCCUAGCUGGCAUCGUGUCCAUUGUACAGUUAAAGAGUUCAGGGGUCAGAUUGUAAAAGGUCAAGUUGUUUUAUUGAGUUCAAGGUCGGAUUGUAAGGGGGUUAAGUUUGUGGAGAUGUUAAUUAAUGGUGAUGGGUUGUUUGUGAAGUUUGUUGGGUGUCUGUGGCUGGGCGGUUUGGGUUUGAUGGUCUGUUUGAAGUGA